AGAUCAACAAACUAACACUGGAUGCACAAUUUCGCUCAGAAACCACUUACGAGAACCAUGAAGACUACUUGGGUUUUGUCAAUCAUUCUCCUCUUGAUCUCCGUCGUUGCCAUUCAUGUUGCCGAAGGGGUGGAUCCAAUACCGAUUCGAAAGACGUGCGUCACGCUUUUGGAAGAAGAGUGCCAGCCGAGCAAAUGCAAUGACGAUUGUAAUCUGGCGUAUGGGCCUAAUGGCACCGAUGGCUUUUGCUGGCAUGACUUGUGUCUGUGCAAAUACUUCUGCUGAUCAGCUUCAUUACACACAAUAAGCAAGGAGGGCCAUUAUUGGGCACACAAAAUAAUUAUUACAAAAUAAAACAUGUAAUCUCAGGGCUACGCACAGACAAAAAAAAAAAAAAAAAAUCAACGAGAUAGAUUCGGAAAAUUAUAAAAUUUGGUAUGGAUUUAUUCACAAAAAAUGAAUAUCACAGAAUUGA